AUGAUGAUGAGGUUUAAAAACUCCAAUUUUCUUAUGGCAAAAAGAUCAAAACUUGCUCAGAAAAAUAAAGAUCGGUCAGGUUGUAUGUCGGGUAUUGUAAGCAUUUUUGCUUUCCGCCAUGGCCGGAUUACCAGACAACUGCUUUCAGAUCAUGCUACACACAUUACUGAAAGUACCAUCGGUACUUCGUAUCCUAAUUCCGACGUGAACUCAAUUACGGAUUCAGAAGAGAUGAUGCAUCUUUGGAUUGAAUCUCAGAACGUUGAUCAGAAAGCUAAAACGGCUGUGAAGGAACUCAUGGAAGAAGAAGAAACGCAUACGCAUGGCGUUUUAGAAUGCGAAGAGAGCCACGAGUCUAUGGAUUAUCGUCAAAUUUCUAAAGAUCAACCAGUUCCAUCUCAAUAUUGUCACUUUGAAGAUCUAAUGAACGAGCUCUUGUUGAUCCAUCAGAAGAAAAACGAAGAAUUACAAAACCCAAAAUCACUCGAAAGAUCAAACUCGUUACAGAAUGAACGAAGCAAUCCAAGCUCAAACGACGUCGUUUCCCGUAAACACCGGAACUUCUUCAGAAGAAGAAGCAAGUCUCACGAAUGUAUAUCCUUCGAAAACGACAGCUCUCUUCUACCUUCAAGCACGACCAAUGGGUUUCAUAACGAAAGAAGUGUUUCCCAAUUUUCGUUCUCGGAAAUCAAGAAAAAAACUAAAGAACGCCAUUGGAAGAUCAAAAAGGGAUUUCGGAGAAAAACCAGUUGUUGUUGA